AUGGCUUUCCACGUGGAAGGGCUGGUGGCUAUAAUUAUUUUCUACUUGGCUAUUCUUUUCGUGGGCAUUUGGGCUGCGUGGAAGACCAAAAACACUCGUGGUGAUGGAGAUCCACGGGAAGGAAUUAUUGUUGGUGGCAGAGACAUAGGGCUGCUUGUAGGAGCAUUUACUAUGACUGCGACAUGGGUUGGUGGAGGAUACAUCAAUGGGACAGCAGAAGCAGUAUAUGUGUCAGAUUAUGGUUUGGCCUGGGCGCAAGCACCUAUUGGCUAUACCCUUAGUCUGAUAGUAGGUGGUUUUUUCUUCGCCAAACCCAUGAGAUCAAGGGGCUAUGUUACCAUGCUGGAUCCAUUCCAGCAGAUUUAUGGAAAAAGAAUGGGUGGGUUGCUCUUUAUACCAGCUCUUAUGGGAGAGAUGUUCUGGGCUGCAGCUAUACUCUCUGCUUUAGGUGCCACAAUAAGUGUGAUAGUGGAUAUUGAUAUAAACAUUUCAGUGGUAGUUUCUGCUUUAAUUGCCACCAUGUAUACACUUGUUGGGGGAUUGUACUCUGUCGCCUAUACUGAUGUUGUUCAACUAUUUUGCAUCUUUUUUGGCUUGUGGAUCAGUGUGCCAUUUGCAAUGAGUCACCCAGCAGUCACAGAUAUAACGGUGACAGCUGUAGAAAGUGUCUAUAAGACACCUUGGCUUGGCAGUAUACAGUCUGCUGAUAUCUGGUCGUGGCUUGACAGUUUCCUGUUACUGAUUCUAGGAGGAAUACCGUGGCAGGCCUAUUUCCAAAGGGUUCUAUCCUGUUCUUCUGCUACAUAUGCCCAAGUACUUUCCUUCUUGGCGGCAUUUGGCUGUUUAGUAAUGGCUAUUCCUUCUGUGUUGAUUGGGGCCAUUGGUGCAUCCACAGACUGGAAUCAGACAGCAUAUGGUUUAGGGGAUCCAGAGACCAACAGUGAAGCAGAUAUGAUUCUCCCCAUUGUACUUCAGUACCUAUGCCCUCCUUAUAUUUCAUUCUUUGGCCUUGGGGCUGUAUCUGCUGCAGUGAUGUCAUCAGCUGACUCCUCUAUCUUAUCAGCCAGCUCCAUGUUUGCCCGGAACAUCUAUCAACUUUCAUUUAGGCAAAAUGCGUCAGAGAGGGAAAUCACCUGGGUCAUGAGGAUAACUGUUUUUAUAUUUGGAGCAGCAGCAACAGCUAUGGCAUUACUGGCAAAAUCUGUAUACGGACUUUGGUAUCUCAGCUCUGAUCUUGUUUAUAUAAUCAUCUUUCCUCAGCUACUCUGUGUCCUGUUUAUCAAAGGAACCAACACCUAUGGCUCUAUUGCAGGAUAUGUGUUUGGGGUUAUACUCAGAAUAAGUGGAGGUGAACCAUAUCUAUACCUGCAAGCUUUUAUUUGCUACCCUGGUUGUUAUCCCGACAAACAUGGCAUAUAUUUGCAAAGAUUCCCAUUUAAAACUCUUUCCAUGUUGACCUCAUUUUUUGUAAAUAUAGCAGUGUCAUACAUGGCCAAGUAUCUGUUUGAAAGAGGAUCAUUGUCACCGAAACUGGAUGUCCUUGAUGCUGUGGUGGCAAAAGACAGUGAAGAAAAUAUGGACAAGACAACUCUUGUAAAUAGUGACAAUAUUAUUUUGUCUGAGCUAGCCCCUGUAAAACCAAGACACAGUGUGACACAUGCUGGAACAUUUACUAAUAAAGAGGCAAUCAGUGACUUAGACUCAAGCCCAGAGUCCCCUGAUUCUGAACGCAAGGGGCUGUGA